AUGCAAUGCGGCUCCGCCGGAGAUGGAUAUCGCGAUGUACAAUUUGUUUUGAGGAAAAAACAAUGGCUCAUGGGACCGGAAGAGGAUGGAGGAAAUAGAAUGGGACCGGAAGAGGAUGGAGGAAAUAAGAUCUUGGUACGGAGAGUGUUACAUGUACUUGCAUUAAACCCCAUGAUUGGCAACGUUACUGUGAAGUGCAUAGAGAGUGAAAGGCAUGCACUACUUGCUUUGAAACACGGUUUUCAUCUCAACAACAAUGCUUGGCUUUCUUCUUGGGGACACGGAGACAAUCAAAAAGAGUGUUGUAACUGGGAACACAUCCAGUGUAGCAAUGAAACAGGCCAUGUUUUGAAGCUUGAUCUUCAUGUUUCUGAUCAUAUUGUAAGAGCUGGCUCCAUUACUACAGCACUGGCUGAGUUGCAUCAUUUGAACUAUUUGGAUCUUAGUUACAUUUCUUUCAAUCUCACCCCAUCAAUUGCUAUCUUUGUUGCCUCUUUAACCCAUUUGAGAUACCUCAAUCUUUCACACUCUGGCUUCCAAGGAAAAGUACCCCAUCAGUUUGGGAACUUGCUCUUCUUGGAAUAUCUUGAUCUCGCAUAUAAUAGCCUCUUUGCAGAAAUCCCUCCUCAAAUUUCAAACCUCACUAAUUUAUUGUACCUUCAUUUGGGAUCCAAUUCUUUUCAUGGGAACAUUCCUCCACAAUUUGGAAGUCUCUUAUCCUUGAAAUAUUUGGAUUUGAGUGAAAAUGUAGAAGAUAUCCGAGACAAAUUUCUUACGUUGACGGCGGCGAGUGGUGAUGUUGGUCUGAGACCCAAAAUCGAGCUCUGGCAGAAAACCGCAAGAAGAGGAAUGGAGUUUGCCUUGAUUUCUGCAAUUUAUGCAAUGCGGCUCCGCCGGAGAUGGAUAUCGCGAUUGUUACAUGUACUUGCAUUAAACCCCAUGAUUGGCAACGUUACUGUGAAGUGCAUAGAGAGUGAAAGGCAUGCACUACUUGCUUUGAAACACGGUUUUCAUCUCAACAACAAUGCUUGGCUUUCUUCUUGGGGACACGGAGACAAUCAAAAAGAGUGUUGUAACUGGGAACACAUCCAGUGUAGCAAUGAAACAGGCCAUGUUUUGAAGCUUGAUCUUCAUGUUUCUGAUCAUAUUGUAAGAGCUGGCUCCAUUACUACAGCACUGGCUGAGUUGCAUCAUUUGAACUAUUUGGAUCUUAGUUACAUUUCUUUCAAUCUCACCCCAUCAAUUGCUAUCUUUGUUGCCUCUUUAACCCAUUUGAGAUACCUCAAUCUUUCACACUCUGGCUUCCAAGGAAAAGUACCCCAUCAGUUUGGCAACUUGCUCUUCUUGGAAUAUCUUGAUCUCGCAUAUAAUAGCCUCUUUGCAGAAAUCCCUCCUCAAAUUUCAAACCUCACUAAUUUAUUGUACCUUCAUUUGGGAUCCAAUUCUUUUCAUGGGAACAUUCCUCCACAAUUUGGAAGUCUCUUAUCCUUGAAAUAUUUGGAUUUGAGUGAAAAUGAUUUCAAUGGAACUAUUCCAGAAAAUUUUGGAAAUCUUUAUGAUGUUUCAAUUUUGGAAACCUUUUUUCUCCCCCUUUUGUCAUCAAGGGGCACCUGCAAAGAAAGGUAUUGA